ACUGAACUCGUGCGCCGCUCGCUCCAACAUACACCGGUCAAAUGCGGCUUUAUUUCCUCGCAACUUUCGCAAGUGACACUCAUGUCUUCUCGAGGCUACUGUCGGUAAUGCUACACUGACUUGGAAAUUCGGUGCUUUGAUUUUGUGCUCGGUGCGAAAACGACAUUUCUGUCAGUCGACUAUGGUUUCGCAGUGGAGUUAUAUCAAGCCUCUUUGCAUCGAAGUAUGGAUCUAUCUUCUCUGCUGUGUAGUUUUGAGGACGCACAGUAUACCGGAUAAUCAAGUGAAUUUACUGGAUUCUCGCUCAGUGAUGGGUGACCUGGGGUGGAUAGCCUACCCGAAGAACGGGUGGGAAGAGAUCGGCGAGGUGGACGAGAACUACGCGCCCAUCCACACGUACCAGGUGUGCAAGGUGAUGGAGCACAACCAGAACAACUGGCUGCAGACCAACUGGAUCCUGAACGAGGGCGCGCAGCGCGUCUUCGUGGAGCUCCAGUUCACGCUGCGCGACUGCAACAGCCUGCCGGGUGGCGUGGGCACCUGCAAGGAGACCUUCAACAUGUACUACUACGAGUCCAACGACGAGGAGGGCCGCAACGUGCGUGAGAGCCAGUACACCAAAGUCGACACCAUCGCCGCCGACGAGAGCUUCACGGAGCUGGACCUGGGCGACCGGGUCAUGAAGCUGAACACGGAGGUGCGGGACCUGGGGCCGCUCACCAAGAAGGGCUUCUACCUGGCGUUCCAGGACCUGGGCGCGUGCAUCGCGCUGGUGUCCGUGCGCGUCUUCUACAAGAAGUGCCCGCUGCUGGUGCGCAACCUGGCCCAGUUCCCGGAUACGAUCACCGGGGCGGACUCGUCGCAGCUGCUGGAGGUGUCGGGCACGUGCGUCAACAACUCGGUCACCGAGGACCCUCCCAGGAUGCACUGCAGCGCGGAGGGGGAGUGGCUGGUGCCCAUCGGGAAGUGCGUGUGCAAGGCGGGCUUUGAGGACGUCAAUGGCUCCUGUCAAGUGUGUAAGCCGGGCUUCUACCGCUCCGCCCUGCAGACCCAGAGCUGCAGUAAGUGCCCCCCACGCAGCUACGCCCGCGGCGAGGCCUCCACCUCCUGCCAGUGCGAGGGAGGCUACUACCGCACCGCCACCGACCCCACAAACAUGGCCUGCACAAAACCUCCUUCCGCGCCCCGCAGCGCCAUCUCCAACGUGAACGAGACCAGCGUCUUCCUGGAGUGGGUGGCGCCCGAGGAGACGGGCGGCCGCAAGGACCUAUCGUACGCCAUCGUCUGCCGCAAGGUGAUCGGGGGCGACGGCGAGUCGCGGCACUACGAGCCGUGCGGGAGCCACGUGCGCUACCUGCCCCAGCGCUCGGGCCUCCGCAACGCCUCCGUCAUGGUGGCCGACCUGCUGGCCCACACCAACUACACCUUCGAGGUGGAGGCCGUCAACGGCGUGUCACAGCUCCUGGCGCCGCUCAGACACUUCGUCACGCUCAACGUCACCACCAAUCAGGCGGCUCCGUCGCCCAUCACUGUGGUGAAGAAAGGCAAGACGGGCAAGAACAGCAUCGCACUGUCCUGGCAAGAGCCCGACCGGCCCAACGGCAUCAUUCUGGAGUACGAGAUCAAGUACUUUGAAAAGGACCAGGAGACCAGCUACACCAUCAUCAAGUCGAAGGAGACGGCCAUCGUGGCGGACGGCCUGAAGCCCUCGUCCGCCUACAUCUUCCAGAUACGAGCUCGCACGGCCGCCGGCUACGGAGGAUUCAGCCGGCGCUUCGAGUUUGACACCAGCCCCUACCUGGAGGCGUCCAGUGACCAGGGUCAGGUGCCUGUCAUCGCAGUGGCCGUUACCGUGGGGAUCAUACUGCUGGCACUCGUCACCGGCUUCCUCCUCAGCGGACGGCGUUGUGGAUACAGCAAAGCCAAACAGGAUCCAGAGGAGGAGAAGAUGCACUUCCAUAACGGACACAUCAAGUUCUCUGGGGUGCGCACGUACAUCGACCCCCAUACCUACGAGGACCCCAACCAGGCCGUCCACGAGUUCGCCAAGGAGAUAGACGUCUCAUACAUCACCAUCGAGAGAGUCAUUGGAGCAGGUGAGUUUGGCGAGGUGUGCUGCGGGCCGCUGCGGUUACCCAGCAAGAGGGAGAUGCUGGUGGCUAUCAAGACCCUGAAGGCGGGCUACACAGAGAAGCAGAGGCGGGACUUCCUGGGAGAGGCCAGCAUCAUGGGCCAGUUCGACCACCCCAACAUCAUACACCUGGAGGGGGUCGUCACCAAGAGUAAGCCCGUGAUGAUCAUCACAGAGUACAUGGAAAAUGGAUCCCUGGAUACAUUCCUAAGGAAAAACGACGGGCAGUUCACGGUGAUCCAGCUGGUGGGCAUGUUGCGUGGCAUGGCGUCGGGCAUGCGCUACCUGUCGGACAUGGGCUACGUGCACCGCGACCUGGCGGCGCGCAACAUCCUGGUCAACAGCAACCUCGUCUGCAAGGUGUCCGACUUCGGCCUGUCCCGAGUCCUGGAGGACGACCCAGAGGCAGCGUAUACCACGCGGGGUGGCAAGAUCCCCAUUCGCUGGACGGCUCCCGAGGCCAUCGCCUACAGGAAGUUCACCUCGGCCAGCGACGUGUGGAGCUACGGCAUCGUCAUGUGGGAGGUCAUGUCGUACGGAGAGCGGCCAUACUGGGAGAUGAGCAACCAAGACGUGAUCAAGGCGGUGGAGGAGAACUACCGGCUGCCGGCCCCCAUGGACUGCCCCGUGGCCCUGUACCACCUCAUGAUGGACUGCUGGCAGAAGGACCGCAACAGCCGGCCCAAGUUCGAGGAGAUCGUGGGGCUCCUGGACAAGCUCAUCCGCAACCCCAGCAGCCUCAAGCAGCUCGCUAACUGCUCAAACAGGGUGUCCAAUUUAUUAGUGGAGCAGGAGAGUGUGGAGUGCGCAGCCUACCGAUCUGUAGGAGAGUGGCUGGAGGCCAUCAAGAUGGGUCGAUACUCACAGCUCUUCAUGGAGAGUGGAUACACUUCGAUGGAAGUGGUUGCUCAGAUGACCUUGGAUGACUUGAGACGCGUGGGUGUGAAUCUCGCCGGGCACCAGAAGAAGAUCCUGAACAGCAUCCAGGAGAUGAGGGUACAGAUGAUCAACGUGGCCGUGCCAAUCUGAUGUUCCUCAAACGUCAAGUCAAAAAAAAAAAAAGAUCUGAUCACCCAGGACUGCGGCAGUAGCUUAGCACUUGUUACAACGAACUACGAACACAUAUUUAUGAACAGGGAGCCUUGAAAGAAAAGAAAGAAGCAGAAGAAGAAGAAAGAAAAAAAUGAAACGAAAAAUGAACGAGGGCAGUGACUCGUAAUGCGGUGAAUAAGAGGAACAAAAAUGGCACUGGACAAAACAGAUGGACCAGCAGCUGGUUCUUGGCUGCUGGUUUACAGAACUGUUUCAUUCUGUGUCCUCUCCUACUACUUUCUCUUUUAUUUUAUUUUUUUUGUUCUCGGUAAAAGAGUAAAAAGCGAUGGAUAGAUAGGCUGGCUAAAUGGAUGUGUGGAUGGUGAGACGUGCUGAAAAGUGUGGCACAUUCCCAGUGGAUGCGAGGCUUGGCGGCAGGGUUGCCAGAUGAGGCUGAUGAUUUCCAGCCCAAAAAAUGCUCAAAAAACCCGCCUAGAAGCACAAAAUCCCGCCCAAUUCUAUUGAUUUCUAUGGCAAAAAUUGGGCGGGUUUUUCUGCUAAAUGCCAUUUUUAGCCGCACACGCGGCCAUCCUAAGCAGCCCAAUUGGGCAGGAAACAGCCCAAUCUGGCAACACUGCUUGGCGAGCCUGGGCGGGUCACUCAUAGCGGGCUGCCAAGGCGUGCGCGCCGCGCGUCCUGACCCUGGGCUGAAUGUAUAGCACUGUUUUUCAGACCUCAUUUUCAAAAAUGGACCUAAUUACCUCCUCCUCCUCCUACUCCUCCUCCUUCAAGAACACCACCUCAAGAACCAAACAGGAAACCACCGUCACCCGAAUCCUUUUGGGGAUCAUUUAUUUUCCACCUGAAGAAGAUACAUGUACCACAUACCGUACUGUACGUAAGAGGAAGAACUCAUGCAGUACCCGUAAAAAAAAACCUAAAAAUAAAACCCAUAUCAGUUUAUUUUGUCGUGGAAGAGAAGAUGUAUUGAAGAGCAAUAUUAGAUGUAUCAGUAGACUUUCUAUAUGUUUCUUUUUUUAUUUAAGAGCAAGCAAUGGACACAAUAAUAAUUCUCCCUUUUUUUGCACAGAAAUGUCUUAACGUGGAGGACAUAGGGAGAAGAGGGAGAAAAAGAGAGAGCGAGAGAAGCGACGGUUUUAUAUAUAGCUCCCUGGUUGGCUUUGGGGUGUAAAUAGUGUACAGGGUAGACGACAAGGACACAAGUGGAGCCAAAGUGCAUCGGGAGCUACCGUAACGUUCAGUCUCUCGUCCUCUGAAUCGGAGAGCAGUCGUUAGCCAGUGUGGGUCAGAUAUACUGCUUUAACAUACUUAUGUACAGCCUAGUUAGUGAAAGCUUCCGUCGCUUCUCAGUCUAGAGUUGAUCAUUCGACAUGUGUGCACUUCAUGUGACAGUUCUGGCUAUUCUGCUUCUGAUAUGUUGACGAUGAAUCUGUUGUUAAUUAUUAUUAUUGUUAUAAUUAUUAUUAUAACUCUUAUGAGUUCUGUGCUGACUGUGAUUUUUUUUUGACAUGGAAAAAACUUUUGUUUGCUUGUUGUUAUAUUUUUUAUUUGUCUUUUUUAAGUUAUGAGUCAAGAUUUUGCUCAGUAUUUGUCAGAUGUGCACAUGAGUUACAUGGCAUUGUGAGGUUCACGCCACAACACAAAUGUGUGCGCCCUUAACGGCAAUAGCCGAUAGCACCGCAUAGCACUCCGAAGAAGCCAUUUGAUCGAGUCCUGGAUCUGUUGGUCAUUGUUAACCCACCCUGUUUAAAAAAAAUGUACCAAGUGAGAGUGUGUAGCUAUGUGGAAAUUGGCCUGCCCUGAACCGUAUACUUAAAAGUAUUUCUGAAUGUUGAAUGUCAUUGUUUAGUUGAGGGGGGGGACUGGCUGUGUUGUUGGCAUCGGCUAGGCUAGGCUAAGUCACUGCACCAUAUACCUCAAAGGCAAAAUACUCCCAGCAAAGCAAACGGAACAACUAGAGUACAAUUGGUCCGUUAAGUGCCUCCUUUCUCUGCUUUUUUUUCCUCAGAAAUUGACACAUAAGAAACUUAAAUUUCCCUUUAUCUCUGAGGAGUGUGAGAUCAAAUGACAACUGGCAGUGUGUAGAUCACAUGACAUGUUGAAGAUGCCUGGAAGACCAAACAGCAAUACAAUAUACCAUAACGGGGGAAUAAAUGUGCAUUUAACCGAACUUACACAGCAAAUGUGUCAUCAUACAGGGUCCCUUCUUAAAUGCUAAAAUGACUAGUACUGGAAUGUGUUGACUGGCAUUAUAUGAAUCCGAUUUUGUUAGCACUUUAUAAACUUUUGCCCGUUUUUUUUGUUUGUUUGUUUUUAUUUUAUUUUUGUUUGUUUAAAUUGAAAUAAUAAACACAUUUUUUUUCUUCUGAUCAAAUGUUUCUA